CUUCUCUCUAUCCCUGCUGACUCCUCCCUUCAUUUCUCUCUCUCUCCGCUCUCUGACACACUCAAACACGCACACAUACACACAUGCACACACACCCUCCUCCCCCACCGCUGCAGUGUCUCAACUGCCUUGGAGCAAACAAGAGAGGAAAUAGAACACAGACAAUAAUAAGAAAGGCGAGAAAGAGGGGAAUAGAAAGAGAGAGAGUGUGAAAGACAGGAGGAUGUUGGACUAAGGGUGGAGUGCACACAGCCUUUCUCUUCCAGCAAGUGUUUGUCUGCAGUAUCCCUGGUGAAUGGACGCUGGACGGUGAAACGAAACGAGGGCCUUCAGUUUCCUGAGACGCACCACUGCGAGGAGGAAACGGAGCAGAAUAUAGCCCAGAGAGGAGGUAGACAAGGCGUGAAGGACUGCCCUGGAUGACUGCUGUCACCAAGAUUGGGAGCGGUGACGUGAGAGCCAUGAGGGAGGAGAGCGAGGGGGAUUUGCUGCACCUACACAUCAUCCCCGAACACUGUCUUCACUAACACCUCCAUCUCCAUUCCUGCUCUGUAAGUUUCCUCAGGGGGUGACCCCUGAUAUGACCCCCAGCACCCGUGGAAUUAGGCAGUCCAGCCCAAGCCCCAGCUCCAGGCUCUGUGUGGGCAUCCCACCAUGUCCUGGUAGAGCUCUGUGCCAACGUCAGUCCCAAAUCCUGGGAUGAACCCACAGAGGACCAACGCACAGCCUCUAGAUCACGAGGAGAAUGAAAUAUUCCUGAGUCAUUCCUGCUCUAUGGUUCUUGUUUCUCUUUGUUUGCUCUGACUGGAAGGUGUCUCUCUUGCUUCCCAUCAAGCCCCUGCAGCUUUGAAGAUUCAAACGUAAUCCUAUUCCUGCUCUGACAUCCAUCCCUCUCUUCGUUAGUCUCUUAUCUCUGUUCCUUUUGAUCUUCCAGAUUAUUUUAGUUUGACCCCGGACGCGCCCCUUUUGCCACCCGGCACGUUCUCCUCUGUGAUCACCACGUUUUCCUCGGUGUUCACCGCGUGGCAGACGACCAUGGGUUGCCGGCAGAGUUCGGAGGAGAAGGAGGCGGCGCGGCGCUCCCGCCGGAUCGACCGCCACCUGCGCUCGGAGAGCCAGCGGCAGCGACGUGAGAUCAAGCUCCUUCUGCUGGGCACCAGCAACUCUGGCAAGAGCACCAUCGUCAAGCAGAUGAAGAUCAUCCACAGCGGAGGCUUUAAUCUGGAUGCCUGCAAGGAGUACAAGCCCCUCAUCCUUUACAACGCCAUCGACUCGCUCACACGCAUCAUCCGUGCCCUGGCCACGCUCAAGAUCGACUUCCACAACCCCGACCGCGCCUAUGACGCCGUGCAGCUCUUCGCUCUAACCGGGCCGGCCGAGAGCAAAGGGGAGAUCACAGAGGAGCUGCAGGGAGUCAUGAAGCGCCUGUGGGCCGACUCAGGCGUGCAGGAGUGCUUCUGCCGCUCCAACGAGUACCACCUGGAGGAUAACACUGCCUACUAUCUGAACGACCUGGACCGCAUCUCCUCCAACGAGUUCAUCCCCACCGUGGAGGACAUCCUGUGCUCCCGUGACAUGACUACGGGCAUCGUGGAGAACAAGUUCACCUUCAAGGAGCUCACCUUCAAGAUGGUGGACGUGGGGGGGCAGCGCUCGGAGAGGAAGAAGUGGAUUCAUUGCUUCGAGGGCGUGACCGCCAUCAUUUUCUGUGUGGAGCUAAGCGGCUAUGACCUCAAGCUAUACGAGGACAACCAGACGAGUCGUAUGGCAGAGAGCCUGCGUCUGUUUGACUCCAUCUGCAACAACAACUGGUUCACCAACACCUCACUCAUCCUCUUCCUCAACAAGAAGGACCUGUUGGCCGAGAAGAUCAAGCGCAUCCCUCUGACUGUGUGCUUCGCCGACUACAGAGGUCAGAACACCUACGAGGAAGCGGCAGUCUACGUGCAGCGGCAGUUCGAGGACCUCAACCGCAACAAGGAGACCAAGGAGAUUUACUCGCACUUCACCUGCGCCACAGACACCAGCAACAUCCAGUUUGUGUUCGACGCCGUCACGGACGUGAUCAUCCAGAACAAUCUCAAGUACAUUGGGCUGUGCUAGGACUGGGGGUAGGGUGGGGAGGGGAGAGAGGGCUGCAUGGCAGCAGUAGACCUAUUCGCUACCAGGCCCAUUACACACAAAGCCUGUCUGUCAGUCUCUUUGAGGAAGUGUAGGAAAGAGAGAACCUGCAAGGUGGAGCGAGGGGGUUGGGAUUGUCAGGGACGGCUAUAGGAUCAACUGAUCUGCUUGAAAUAUUAGAGUUGAGGGUCAAAGGUCAAGAUGGGAUUUACCCAAGGUCAGCAUAAAUGUGUUUGCACUGAAUAUAUGAGUAUGUAGAGACACACACACACACACAUGCUUAUGUUUGCUCACACACAAGGACUUGGGAUCAACUGUCAAGCACUUGUUUGGCGUGGAAACAAUGGAAACUGAAGACAGCUACCCCUACCCUCUGCCUGCCAAACCUGGUAUUGAGCAGGAGUUCUUGACUGGCAGUUUCAGAGUUACGUUUGUCAUUUUAGGUUGUUUUAUUUGCCUCAGUCAAUUAAUGCUGCUUUGCGAAAAUCAAUAAAUUCCUGUGGAUUUUCCCCUAAAAAGCUGGACAGCGGGUUUACCUGGCAAGGUAUAGGGAGAUGGUGAGUCACAGGUGUCCUGGGAAAAUAGUUGGAGGACAUGACUUAUGUCACAGGGUUUCUAUCCAAAGGAGAAAACUGCCACAGUUGAAAGCUGAAGUAAAGGGUAUUUUCUACACACACUGUAUCUCAUUUAUUGAGGGCUAAAUGGCUCUUUAAGGUUAUCUGUUUGUCCCUCUUCAUUAUAUUUUCAGUUUUUUUUUUGUUAAAAAAAAAAUGUUUGUCAAACCUGCCCCUUAGAGCAGGUCUCUGACCUACCAGGAGAGUGUUACACUCCAUAGAGUGGAUGGUGUUCUCUAAGAUCAUUCCAGUUUCCAGCAACAAAGACAUCAAAAACAGUGCCAAUUUUAGUGUAAAUAAAAACAGAUCCCAUCAAUAAUGUUGGUUUUAUUGACAGAAACAUUAAAACAUGCAUGAUUUUGUUAAUUGGGAUAUUGAUCAUUUUUUAUUUUGUUUUCUGUUAUUUUAGGUUUAACUAAUAUAUUCCCUAAAAUAUAUAUACAAGUCAAACACUGUGUACGAUUGUACAGCUGUUGUCUAAGAGGAAUUUAUUGAAAAGAGUACUAUAACUUGAGAUGAUGAUGAUGAUGAUGACGCCAAUGACAAGCUCAUUACAAACCCAGCAUGAGAUGAUAGAGUGGGUCGGGGAGGGUUAAAGGGAAAAAAGUUUGAAGACUGCAAAAAAUAUGAAUGCGAAAAAACAAACGCUUCAGUUUAAUCCUCCUUGCGCUAUCUACAUGGUAAUUGUUAUACAGUGGGUAUGAUGUGUAAAUAUACUGUAAGGUUCACUCUGUUAAAACAAUAAAUAAAAGGUUGAGUUGGAAUACUGUAAGUGAGAGAGAGAAUGUGAGAGAGAGAGAAUGUGUGAGAGAGAGAUAAUGUGAAAGAGAGAGAUAAUGUGAAAGAGAGAGAUAAUGUGAAAGAGAGAAAGAAAGCCCUGCUCUACUUCUCUCCUCCAACCCUCACCUUUUCAGCAGAGGAAACAACUCAGCUAAGGGCUUCAGGCUUGACAGGAUGUUCACUUCAACAAAAAACAACCAAUUUAGCCAAACAAUAAAAAAUAAUAAUAAAUAAAAUGAAUUAUGCAAAUUCUGGUUGUGCAGAGAAUGUGUUUUUGGGUGGUGGUCAUGGGUAGGAUGGGAGUAGACAGGGAAAUACAGUACACACUACUAUGUUUCAGAUCUUUAUGAGAACAGGCUCUACACCAUGCGGAUGAAGCCCUGGUAUUAUGUUUUGCUGUCUCUUAUGCCUUUAAUUCUAAUCUAACACCACACCCGCCAACAAAAAAUAUAUUUUCGAAUUUUUGAGUGGGACAUCCUGUUCCUAAGCCAUCUCUCUUUCUCUCUCUCUCCUAAAUCACCAUUAAAAGAGCUUGUUCUUAUCUGAGCCACCAUGCUACAUGGUGGGGAGGGACAAAUAACUAACACACAAUUAGAGUAGGCAAUUAAAUUACCAGUAAAUUGAUUUAAGUGAUACAUUGUUGCAGCAGAGAUUUGACAGGGUGGCAGAGGCGGUUGGGAUAGCCACAAAUUCAACUUAGAGCACAAACCCUGAUUGACCCCCUUCCUACUGCUAAUGGUUCCACGGGUCAUUGUUUGGCCAUCCACAGCGCCUGCUUCUUAUGGUUGGUUUACAGUCUGUCUAUCGACAUGUAUGUAGACAAUUGUCGUAGCGACAUCCUGAACAUUCCAUUGUCGUCCGACAUCAAACUUGUCAUUGUUAUUAUGAAUGGCCAGUUUAACGACACGUCUGUAGACAAGUGUCGCUGGUCAAAACAAAGUUUAAUUUAUACUCCGGUGGAAUGUCUGUAGAUUGUCGCUGUGACUGUCAGCUUCCUUGCCGCACAGACAUGAAAAAAGUCUCUGCUGCUUGUCGCAACGUCCAUUGUCGUGGUUACCGGACUGCCACAGUUCUAAAAUUAUCAGAUAGAAUGAGCUACUUUUAUUUCGUCACACUGUGGCAGUAAGAGAUUUUCUGUAAGCUCGCCAUUACCUUGCAAAUAAUAAUGUUGUUGGGUUUACUUUCUUGUAAUAAUGAAUAAAAAGAUGCUAAAGUUAA